UCCCCUCUCUCAUCUCUCUCUCUCUCAUUCACUCCUCUAAGCCUCUCUUGACCUCUCCCACCCCAUCAGCCUCGCGCCCUCUCCUCUCCUCGACACGCCGUGCCGUGCCGCGCCCGUAGCCGCACCACCCCGCCACCGCCGCCCAGAACGCGCCUCGGAGUCUCCGCCGCGCAGCUCGACCUCAUCGUCCAACUCGACGCUCCCUCGACUUUUCUUCUCAACCCCCCAGGCCGCCUAUAAGUCCUCCUCGCCCACCAUGACAGCGACAGCCCCCACCCCCACCGCCCCGCACAACCGCCUCAACGAGCCGCAUACGCUCAACCCCUACGCGGUGCAGGGCGCAAAGUGGCUCACGGCGCAGCAUCCAAAGAUGACCGACGACUACUUUGUGCUCUUUGAUCGGUAUCGCAUGACGCUCGGCAUGACGGGCAAGGCGUCGAAUGUCGUCGCGGCGCUGCAGUCCCGCCUCGCGACGACCAACCCGCAUUACGCCAUGGUCGUGAUCCACUCGUAUGCAGACUACAAGUUUGCCAACGGCGCCUCGCGCGCGCACGUCAGUCACAAGCUGUCCCAGCUCGAGACCCUCGCCCCCGAUCACGCCGAGGUCGUCGCCGACAUUCGCGCGGCGUACGGGCUCAACAGGAGCCAUAUGACGGACACUGGGCGUGUCGUGCCCGUCGACGUGGGGCCACGCACACGCGCCGAGCGCGCAAGAUACUUCCUCACGGGGCGGCAGCCGGCCAUUGUCCGCGCUGUGCCCUCUGCCGACGCCAACUCGCCGUUCGUGCCCCUCCCCGCUGAGCCUGGGGACCGCGCACACCCGUCGGAUACCGCCGCGCCAGUGUUCCGCGUGCGCACGGGCGAGAGGGCGCCGCCGCCGUAUGCGGCCAACGCGGAGAGCGCGCGCGUGCGCGAGCUCAAGGAGGUGCUCGCGGCUGAGACUCGCCGGAGAGAGGAGCUCGAGGCCGAGGUUGUGGAGCUCAAAGCGAGGCUCGCGGAGCGAGAAUAGAGGGUUAGCGCGCAUGGCAUAGAUUUGUUGCAUGCAACAGCG